GGUCUUUCUCGUCCAUGGCUAUUAAUUGGCGAGUCUCUCACAUCGGUUGCUGAUCAUUUCGAAGACUGCCUGUUUAACAGCAUUAGCGUAAAUUUCGGCCCAGGAGUGAAAAUCUGGACUGUUUUUCCUGUACUACAAAUCGAGAAGGUUGUAAGAAUGUACGCUAGUUUGUUCGGUUGCUCCGAUCCAGAUUAUCCCUCAGUAUGCUUUGUUCAAGAGCCAGGCACUGUAAUGUAUCUCGGCCCUGGCGUCCUUCACUCGGUAGUUAAUCUCGGUGGGACAGUAAGCCAAGCGCGAAAUUUUGUCGAUGAAAGAUGGCUCUCUGUAGUAGACACGGCUAUACUGAUGCGUGAAAAGUGCUCAAAGCUGCGGCAAGACGGAAAUUCCAAGGUUUUAUUUUCUUGGAUGCGUCUUUUAAGAGAACGAUUAUCAGCUCGAUCCUCUGCUGCCGCACAACUGGUCAAUGGUCGUCGUUUUCCUGUCCGUCAGUUUGCGGACGCAAAAGAAAUGCCUCAACCAAACGGACCUGUUGUGACUGGAGCCCUGUGA